CUGCAGCACACGCGUACUCGAUUGCCGUUUAUCUAAUACCAAAGUCUUGGCUUUUCUAGUGAAAGCUCGACGAACGUCCAGGCGCUCAACAGCAUCCUGUUGUGAAGCCACAACACUAUGUCUUUUAGUAGCUUGCGGGGACUUGCAAGGACUGCUCUGCAAGCUAAAAAUGCGCUUCCUGCCAGGGCUGGCGCCGGUGCACCUGUGAAGCUUGCGCCCCGCCCCGAUAAGCCUCUGCCGACCUGGUACGAGCUCUGGUGGGACAACGGCUUCUACCCGGGACAGCCUGUAGCAGAUUUUAUGUUCGGCGCUUGGCCAUCCAACCUGACGGAGACGUACUACCUGCGCUUCUGGGCCAUGUUCGGCUUGGCGCUCGCUGCGCCCUUCUACUAUGUCCUGAACUACACAGAUGAGCUCCGCAUGCCAAUGGUUAUGGAUAAGGAAAUCCUGGCCCUCAAGGUCCAGUUGGGACUAAUACAGAGCCAUUUGCCUCUCCCCCGGCAACAGGUACCCCCACAAUAUCCACCGGAGGUCGGGGACGUCCUUAAGCUGCGACGUAAUAGCAUGCUGAAGUUCGAUUUCAGCGACCCGGAGCAGGCGCAGGUCAAGGCGCGUGCCAAAAUUUUCUGGACGCCGAUGUACUAG